UGGCUGGACGAGGAGCGCACGCAGGGCUACAUGUUUGUGGUGAAGAAGGACUUGGCGCGCUGGCUGGUGGUGCUGCUCAUGGUUCUUGUUGUGUGUGGGAUUGACAUUGCCAUCAAGUCACUCUCCAAAUGCAAAUACUCCUGGCUCCAGAUGUACAGUGACUGCGGGGUGCAGCAGGAGGCGCUAACUCUCCCCUACCCGCUGUUUGUCGCGCUGAACAUUGGCCCGGCGCUUGUGGCUGCCUUCCUCGGCUCUUAUGUGGAGCCCGUGGCUGCCGGCAGUGGCAUCCCGCAGGUCAAGUGUUACCUGAAUGGCGCCAAGGUGUCCUGCGUGGUGAGGAUCAAGACCCUGAUGAGCAAGGCCGUGGGGGUGACCUUCUCUGUGCUGGGAGGCCGGGUCGUGGGAAAGGUCAGGUCGUGGGCAAGGUCUGUGGCCGUGAGCUGACCACCAAGAUGCUGCUGCCCACGGUGCCGGCCAUGGCCAAGGGCAGGGUGGCCAGGACUACAGAUGAUGGGCCACUCCUAGACAAAGAGCGGCGGGGAAGAGGAUGGUUAAGACACCUUGUGCAUGUUAAUACUCUCUCAUACUUGUGCCAAGGCCUAACACUGUGUGGCCAACACUCUCAGCAGGGGCUUUGUCUUGUGAUGGACCUGGACACACUGUUCUGCGGCACCAGCAGCAGCAGCCUGCACAUCCAUGGCCUGCAGGAGGAGGACGAGGGGACGUACAGGUGCCGGGCGGAGAACAGGGAGGACUCGCUCGACGCCGUGGCCCACAUACAGGUCCAAGUUGCUCCGAGGUUUCUGAGGCAGCCGGCCAACGCUCUCGCCUAUGAGAAGGAGAACGUGGAGCUGGAGUGCAGCGUGUACGGCCAGCCAGAGCCCUCGCUCCACUGGCUCAAGAACGGCGAGCUGCUGGUGGAGACGGAAUACCUUCAGAGUGUGAGCGGCAACAACCUGCAGAUCCUUGGCCUGGUGCGCCAGGAGUACACCGGGAUGUACCAGUGUGUGGCGCACAGCUCGCCGGGGACGCCCAGCUGUGUGUCCUUGAGUCAAAGAACGCGUCCAGAACGUGAGUGCAGCUCCUCCAGCGAGGGACGGGAUGAAUACAAGACCCAGAUCAGCGACCUAAGUCCCGGGAGUAACUACAUGGUGCGGGUGGCGGCCCACACCUCCGGCGGCCUGGUGGGCGCCUCCAUACACGAGGUGCGGGUGUUCACCAAGCCGGACCUGGACCUGCCCUCCGCCUCAGAGUCUGAAAGUUGUCUCCACCUCACCCACCAGUCUGGAGGCCACUUGGUCGCCGCCCGUACUGGCCAAAACGCCCAUCACGGGAUACACCAUGUUCUAUACGCAGUUUUCUCCUCAGGUUGGGUCAGCAGAAGAACACGAAGUAAAGGUCACUGGUACGUCACAUGACCUCCAAGGCCUGGACCAGUUCACUGAGCACAGCGUGUGGCUCACCGCCGUCAACAGUAAUGGCGGGGGAGACGCCACCCCGGAGGUCACUGCCAGAACCUUCUCAGACGUGCCCUCAAAGGAGCCUCAGAAUGUGAGCGUUGAGGCUGCCAGCUCAAGGAGCCUCAUCAUCUGCUGGGAGCCUCCGCUGGCCGAGCACCAGAAUGGGAUCAUCACCAGCUGCAAGAUCCACUACAAAGAGCGCGGCGAGUCAGGUUCCUCCAAGACCAAAGCCACAGACGGAAACAGACGACUCUUUGCCCUCAAGAAAAGCACCACAUACUCCAUAAA